AUGGUACUUGCAGACACACAUCUCGUCGGAUACGUUCUAGGUCACCCCAUCGACCGCAUUAGAAGGGAUUGGCAAAUGAAGCGUGCUUUCCAAGCUUCCUUAUAUUUACAUAAUCCUAAUGCCGUUAUAAUAUUAGGAGAUAUUUUGGAUGAAGGGAAAUGGGCUACAAAUGAUGAUUUCAGCCAUUUGGUGGGAAGAUUUCGCGAUAUUUUUCAUCAUGAUAAAACGAAAACAUUAGUUAAAACCGUUGUUGGCAAUCAUGAUAUUGGGUUUCAUUAUGCCACUAAUGAGUUUUUGAAUAAUCGAUUUCACCGGGAUGUUGGAGACAAUAUUUAUACACCGCCUAUUUAUCUGUGGUCCUUCUUUGGCAUCCAUUUCGUUAUUGCAAACAGUAUCGCUUUUGAAGGUGACAAUUGUGAUUUAUGCUUUGAAGCCAAUUUCAUAUUAAAAUCGAUUGCGAGAUAUCUUGAUUGUUUGAAGAUAUCUACUCCAUCUAAUACCAAGAGUUGUUAUUCCAAGGAACUUGGUAUGGGCCUUUCUGACAAAUUCCCAUACAUUGAUGUUGAUCUUAAUGAUCCAUCUUCUUUCGUCUAUUCACGUCCGGUUAUUUUACAACAUUUCCCCCUAUAUCGCACUUCUGAUAGUGGAUGCUCUACAAAACCAAUGGAUGCUAUGCCCAAACACUUGAGAAAAACUGUAAACAGACCGAAACUUGAUUGUCUGUCAAAAGAGGCAACAAAACAAUUACUGGAAUCUCUUCGUCCACGACUAAUACUAUCUGGUCAUACACAUUACUCAUGUAAAAUGUCACAUCGAUUCGGUAACCAAUCGGAUUCUGCUGUGGAAUGGUCAGUUGCUAGCUUCUCUUGGAGAAAUCUCGCAAAUCCUGGAUUUCUAAUGCUUUCAAUAACGUCCACAAAUUAUUCAGUAAAUAAAUGUUAUCUCCCAACUGAGUUGCGUUUAUUACAAAUUUAUAUUUCCGGUGUUCUACUCAUACUUUUUGUUGUCACGUAUCAAAAGUUAAUACCAUAUUUCGUUUAA